ACCUAUAUAACCUGGAUAGGAAACGAUACAGAAUUCCUGAAACUAUCUCUGCCGCGCAUCCGCGAAUUGCAAUCCGAGCCCCAUGUUAUCGGUAUCCCGCAGGCGCGAUGCCAACCACAUGUGGACAGCUUAUGGCGCAUGCGUAGUAGGGCUUAACUUGACUUCCCCUGGUUACCAAAACAUCCGGCUUACGAGCAUGUGUGGCGAUCGAUAGCUGUCAAAACACAUAUGUCCCAUGUGCAUCAGAUUUUUAUCAAUUAAACACGGAAACGGUAAUUAAGAUGAUCGAGAUAUCAGACCAUAUAUAUACAAUGCCUUGCAACAUUAUCGUCACUCCUAACCUAAUACGGAUACAUAUUCAAGCGUUCAGAUUCUCUCGUACCAACUACAACAUGUCCGAUUUCGUCAACUGGGAUGACUCCGAUUUGGAUUUGUCCGUACUUCUAGGCGAGUACACCGAGUAUGAAGUGGAUAGAAACUCGGAUUCAACGUCCGAUGACUGCCAUUCAAAGGUGCAAAACACUGUCGAAAACCAGAGACCUGGCAAGACUUUUGCAGCUUUGUACAGAUGUCCUUUGUGCAGCAAAGACUACGGUUCAAUUUCUGGAUUCCGUGGCCAUGUGAUCAAAGCACACGGAAGAUCCGAUUUACGAGCUCCUGACUACAAGCUUACCAGCGAGACCCAGCAGACCAUACCGACCACACCACCUACGUCAAGUGCCUCAACAACUCCGCUGACAAGUUCCUCAAAUCCAGCUUUCUUCAGCACUGAGCAAUUGCAAGGAUGUAUGCUGGAGUCUGUCCGCAAUUCUUUGAACGCAAUAGCUCAGAACGAAAUUCACAAGUCGGAUCUGGCAUGUGAGGGGAAAAUGUGUGACAUUGCUAGCUUACUUUCCGGUUCAGAGUCAUGCCUAGCUCAAAUAACUGACCACCUGACUCCUACAUUUGUAUUGUUAUUUUCUGGAUUUGGAAAAGGCAGCUCCUUUGUGGCGAGCAGAGAGCAGAUGUGGGCACAGUUCCACCGAGCAAGAACUGACACCAAAUUCUGUGACACACUGCAUGAGGUAAUAAAAUUACACACACAAGAGAGUGACUGGAAUGUACACAUGUUAAGUCAGUGCUUGUUAGAUGAACUGGUUGAUGCUGUCUGUACAAAGUUUAUAUCAAGUAUUCAGAGUGAUGCAGAAACCGAAGCUAAAGAUCUGACCUCGGCGGAAAAUGAAAUUCUAUUUUAUAUCUGUGGAUUUUUAAUUAGGGCCAUUACAAAGCAAUCAGGAAUAGAGUCAAAAGUAGCCAAAACCCUGAGGCAUUUAUGCAUUACUUCACAGGAUACUUCAUCUGCAUUUAUGACAAAAUUUCGCGUUUGGACUGAGACUGUCAACAGAGGAGGACUUAAAGUUAGUGGGGACAAUUUUUUCUUUCUUGUGAGAAAAAUGGAGAUAAUUUGUCGGCAGCAAGUCAACACAUCAAACUUAAAUGCAAAUUCACUGUGUGUUGACCGCCUUAAGGACAGCAUUCUUAAAGACACAACAGUCCUGUUUUACUGGGACAAGCUCGUCACAAGUAGUGAAGAAGAAAAGCUCUCCGUUUUGGAAAGUAUUGCGGACUUGUUCCUGAAACUGCGAGGAAGAGCUGUUGUCAAGCACAUUCGCAGGCAAACACAAAAAAGAAAUGCUAGCACACCUAAACGUGCAAAAACAGGGAAAAAGUCAAAUUCACUUAGAAAACGCCUGAGGGAACAUUAACUGUUUAAUAUGUUUGGAUUUUGUGCCAGUUGAUUUGUUCGUACAUGUAAUAUAAAAAUUGUUCUAAUAUCAGUGAAUAACAUAACUGUACAUAUUUUAAUGCUUAAUUAGCUGUACAUUUUAUCUCAUUAUUUUGUCAAUGUGGGUGCUUUUUUCAAACUGCAAGAAAUAAUCUUGAAGAAAAUACAUACAAAUGAUCUUA